AUGUCCCUCAAAUCCUUCGACCCAGACGCCUUCAUGGCCGCUUGGUCCGAUGAAAAGUACUCCCCCCUCCACACGAACAAGACGCUCUACCAAUGUCUCUGCGAGUCCUUCGGCAUCGACCCCAAAGAUACUUAUGUCUACCGGGCCAUGGCUGAGACGACGUUGUUGCAUAUGCAGCGGGCAAUUGCGGCGGGGGGACAGAAUAAGAUGCUUGAUUGGUAUCAUGAUAGUGAGGGGGAGUUGCUAACACCACCCCACCCUACCCCCUCCGAAAUAACUGCCUACACCAACAUCUUCGCCCCAACAGCCUCCCUUCCCUCAUCCCUCCGCUCCUACACCCACAACGCCAAACCAGGAACUCUCCGCCACCUCGUCGGAACGCACCUACUCUCGCACCUCCACCUACCCUCUUCCUCCCCCUCCUCCACCACAACCACAACCACAACCACGCCGCCCCCAGCCCUCCUCCCCAAAGCCCGACCCACCCGGCAUCACAAAAACCCCUACCUCUCCCUCUGGACCUACACCUGCCACGCCCUGCAAUGGUGCGGCCCGCACCUCAACACGGCCAAAACGCGGUUCAGCCACCACAUCCUCCCCGUCUUCUACCACCACUUUGGCUGCGUCGUUCCCUCCUACGCAGCGCUGCACACGCUGGCGAAACUCAGCCUUCCCGCGCGCCCGUCAAAAGAGGCCGUGCGACCAAUCCUCGACAUCGGGUCUGGAAACGGGUAUUGGUCGUAUAUGCUACGGACGUUUGAUAUCAGUGGGUUGACAGGCGGGGGUAGUGUGUCGAAGAACUUGGAUGUUAGAGCUGUGGAUAGUAUGGCGAGUGAGUAUCGGGUUUAUUGGGUUAGUGAUACGGUUGUUAGUGAUGGGGUUAGGUAUUUGAAGGAGAAUGAGGGGGGCAAGGGGUGUGUGCUUUUGCUUGUUUAUCCGCAGGCGACGACGGAUUUCACGGGGCCGGUGAUGAGGGCGUUUGAGGGUGAUACGGUUGUCGUGGCGGGGACGCAGUGUGGGAAUGGGUUUACGGGGUUUACGGAUGUAGUGGUUGAUGCUUGGGUGGAGAGGCAUUUACCCGCUUUUGAGAUGGUGUUGAAGAUGCCGUUGCCGAGUUUUGCGGGCAAGGACGAUGCUUUGUUUGUGUUUCAGAGGAAGUAG